AAAGCAGAUGUCAACAUAACAACAAUCCAAAAUUAUUAUUUUCUCUUUUAAUUUUUCAAUCGCUUCUCGUUCUUAACGCUCUAAACAUCAUUUCAUUCACACGAUAAACACACGCAUACACACAUUAUUUUUCGUUUUUUUCUUCUUUGUCUCAUUUAUUGCAACAUAUUUUCGUACAAUUUUCGUUUUCUUCAAUUCUUUCGGCUUCGGUAGAAAAAUUAAAACCGUUUUUUCCAACAAAUUUCUAUAUUUGUUGCUUGUGUGAAGUUUAUUUUGUAUAUUUUCGUUUCUGGUGCGCGAAAAUUAAAUCAAAUUAGGUAAAGAAUUAAUUUACCGUAUGGGCUUGUGAUCUUGAACUAUGUGAUUUUGUUUCUUGCGAUUUUUCUUCUAAUUUUUUUUCGAAACUUAAGUGAACCGAGUCUUUGAACGAAAUGGCAAACAUUAAUGUAAUAACGAAAUAAUGAAAAUUCAUUGGAAUCGCAUGACAAAGGCCAACAUUGACAAGAACAAUCAUCCCAAAUAAAUUGGUUGGCAAUAUUAAAUAUUCAGAUGGGUAAAUGAAUAGCAUGACGGUUGACGCGUUCUAUAUAUUUAUAUGAAAAAAGUGCUCGUAUGACGAUUUUUCGAUGAUUGCCGCGAGUGUGAGUGAGUGCGAAUAUGUGAGUGGCCUGGUCUGGCCGUAAUGAAAUUAAAUCUCCAAAAAUCGUAUAGCAGCAUCAGCAGCAACCACUCUAGCUAAACCACAUAAAUUGCUGUGUGGCACUCACAAAUGUGUGGAGCGUAUGGUUGACACAUCAAACAUUUUGAACAGCAUUCCACACCACACACCACAUCGCUCAGUCCAACUGAAUUCACGUGCAUGACCAACAUCAUAUAUACACACACCGUUGGUGCUGCGAGAACAUUUCAAACGCGAGGCGCGCAAAAAUUCAACGUGUGAAUUGAUGGAUGGCCAAAUACAAUUUACUUACCAUAUAUUCGAGUGUGAUGUGUGUGAAAAAGAGAGUGAGGGAACGAGUGUGUGAAGAACAUCAUAAAAUUGUAUUCAUCGAGAGAACAUGGAUCGUAUUCAAAGUCACUUUGCUCAUCAUCGCAAAGUUACUUUAUGCUACUUACGCUGAGUACACAUUGAGCCACUUUAUGCGUUUUGUGUGUGUGUGGGUGUCAAAGAGUUUUAGUUUUAUAUUGUUUCAAUUUGAUGGCAAAGUGAAUUGGGGCGGCUCAAGAGAGCGAGCAAAUGAGUAAGCAUAAGUGCUCCAAGGUUGUUCCGUAAUGCAAUUACUUAAAAACUGCUACGGGCUUCUCCAUUCGAACAGGAUAAAAAAACCACCAAAUUCAUUGAUUGCCUUCGCCUAACUUCACCAAUAUUUAUCAGUUUUUGAUAUUUACUUGCCAAUUGGUUAGACGCGGCCGAUACAACACACAAGUCAAUCCGUUGCUCUUGAAAACUGCUCUCUUUUUUCUCUAUUGAUGGUUAUUUAGUAUGAAACGAGGCGAAUCCCCAAGUGUUUGCCAAACUCGUCACAGAUUGUUCCGAAGAAAAUCUUUUAUAAUAAAAUGCUAUAUAAAUUCGUCGGAAUGUGUGCGUUGUUGUUGUUGUUUUCCCAUUCCGUCUCUCGACUUUUGACCAACUUCAAAUGCAAUCAAUGAAAUUUGAGAGAUUUAAUGCUUACGAAGGAAAGUAUUCAAGUCUGCCGAUAAAAAGUUGGUUUUCUGCGUGGAUAGCCAGCGCUGCAAAGAUUAUGGAACCCGUUUAAGGGAAUGUAAUUGGAGUGUGAAUCGCAUCCGGAUGUGGUGAUGACGACGACAUCAACGUUGAUAUCGACGACGGCAACGGCGACGGUGUUGAUGGUGGUGGUGGUGGUGGUGGUGGUGGUGGUGUUGAUGGGAAAUGUUCAGUUGGGAGUGAAUAUAUUCGACAAGUACAAGAUCGAUCGACAAUGACAUUAAUGUUUGCCAUUAAUCACACGGCUCGGGUGUUCCCACCAAAUUCGUAUGUGACAUCUGCAUUUGUGAAACAUUGACUAUGUAGUGAUUGACAGCGAAAAUUCGUGUUUAUUUCUAGUAUCAUCAUUGAAACAAAUGUUCUGAAUAGUGGUUUUGAAUUCGAAAAUCGGGUCCAACACAUAUCAUAAUAUAGAGAAGAAAAACAAACUGAUUUUUAUUGAAUAUCAUUUACGAGUAGUAACAACUGUUAAUGUAAACAAGUGAUCUGAUAUAGUUUAGACAUUCAAGUGCGAGUGGAUUUCAGUGCAUGCGAUUUAAUUCGGUAUUCCGCUCAAAAUCGAAUUUAAAUCGUCCAUUAAAGUCUUCUCUAUUUCUCUUGUUCAUCUCUGAACUCUUAACGAGCUGAAAAGCCAACUUACGAAAGAAACUUUUGCAUCAAGAAAAAACGAAGUGACAAUCGCGCUUUCCACUUGCAAGUGAACAAAACUGAAAAACUUUUGCUUUUUCACAACUAAGUAGUAUUUGAAACAAAACGAAAUCGGGUCGAAUUCAUGAUGUGCUUGCAGAAAAGAAAAGAGUAAAAUGUGCUUGAUGCCAUGGUCAAAGCGUUUGUUGACAUUCGACAUCCAACUCAGCGUUGCGAAUAGUUUGCCAAUAUGGUUGACGGCUCUACUACCGUAACAGUAUCGGUUAUUAGUGGCACCGCUCAGAGUCUACCAGAAUGCGAAAUGGAUGCUCUAUUGCUUGGACGUACAAAGGUGAGUUGUAAUAUUUCCAACGACGACGCGUUGGUUUCGAUGGUUUUUGUUACGAUACUCCUAAUGACGUUUUCCCAAGAUGCCACUCUCUCUUCCUCACUCACGUGGGGUGACCAAAUGGAAACCAACCGACUUGGGACGCCGUUGAGCGUUGCCUAACGUUCGAUGAAUUUUCAUUUGCCGAAAUAGAAAAUUAGCAGGAAAAUAUGCAGUUUAUUCAAAAGCCUCACAAAAAUGUGCUCAUAAAUUAGCCAGAAAAUGAGAGGCGGCAAUCCAAAAAUUGCCUCUUAUUAUAUCAAGUGGGGGCUUGUGUUCAUUGUGUUCUUUUUUCUGCACAUUCAGUUCGGGGUGCGGUGAUAACAAGUACCCAUGGAAUUAAUAAGAAUAUAAACGAAUGAAUAUAGGGCCAUAAAGUAAUAAAUCAUGAAUUAAACUGGUUCUAAAUGGAGUUAGGUACGGCUUCCGUAUCAUAUUAACUCGUUUCCUUUGCCGGUCUGUACUGCGAAUGAAGAUGAUGAAUACUUACUACGAUUUCAACGAUAUGAAUUUCUUUUGUUGUUUCUGUCGCUGCUGCUGUUGUUCCUGCUGCGUUCACUUGAACUUGAUUACACUUUUUGUUUUAAUUCCAAACGCAACUUCCAUCGAAAAAUAUAUGAUGCGGAAAAAGUUUAAAACAACCAUGAAAAUAUGUGUUUGCUAAUCAAUCAUGUUAAUAGCAGUUUCGAUCGGGCAAGGAAACAUAUGUUUACAUGCCUAGAUCAAAAUGCACCAACGAGGAGUAAGCAAAGUUUUUUGCGUGCUUCAUCCACCGAAAACUCACCAAAUCCCAUACCAGAUUCCACUUUGUAAACAUUUUAAUCGGAAAGAUGUUCCAAGGGUUUUCAUGUGUGUCGGCUUAUAUGGACGAACAAACAUAAACGACCACAAGUCCACAAAGUAUUAUGUAGAAUCAACAGCGCCGAAAGAAAAAUGGAAUUAUGGAACGAAAUUUUGGGAGGAAGGUCAUAAAGCGUUUGAAAAUGAAUGAAAAUUAUUUUCAAACAAGUGUUCAAUUCAAAUUCUUUUUGAUACGAUUCCAAAAGGAAAAACUUCUCAACAAUCGAUUCAAGAUUUUAGUGCUUGCAUUUUCUGAGAGUGAUUUUAUCCGGGAAAAAGCUCUGCCGAAAUGUAAGCAGAGAGAAUCCGGAUGAAUUCAAUGUUGAGUGGAAAAUGAUGUUGAGUGAAAAUGUUGAGGGCGCAAAGCUUGUUGCUAAACAUGUAAUGUUUACAUGCAGUUUCGCCGCUCAACGCUCAACGACAACGACAACGACGACGACGACGACAAACUGCAGAUGCUAUCGAGUGAAGAAGCACUGAAGCAAUUUUCCACAUUUUUCUUCGCAAAAGCGCUCAGUAAUCAUGUAGUCGUCAUAUCGUACGGACGGUGAAUGUGAAUCGCGCGCGUGUGUUUCGUUCUUUUUUUCCUUCGUACAACUCGACUGAACUGCGAAUGAAUUUUAAAUCAUCUUCAAUCUGUUGUAACGUAUCGUUGUGAUGAUGCGUUUAGCACACAGUUUCACAUUUGACGCUAUCAAAUUUCUUCCACAAAAAUAAUUUAGUGUAUUUGUUAACUUCCGUCUAUUUGUCUAACGAACGAAUGAACGAUGAAAAAAAUAGAACAUUUUCCGCACUGAAGACAUUUUAAUGCAAAUAGAAAAUAGAAAAUAGAAGAUACAGAAACAGUACGUUCAAAAUUGUUCUCUUGCUGUUGAACUUUUCGAAUUUCAUCGUUAAAGAAUUUACAUCUUAACAGACAAUUUGCAUUCCUAUUUCGUAACUAUUUUCAUUUUCGACAUACUUUCGCCCUCUCUCCCGCAACUUUAUAUCGUGGUUUAAGUGAAGUGAAUUAUAGGAUAUAUUAAAGUUUCCAGUUAAUUCAAUUAGUUAGAUUAAGAGAAUUGCAGGAGAGAAUAUAUAUACUUAUGCUAAGUAAUAUGUGCCUAAAAGUUUCAAAGUGACUCAGUGUGUUCGUGUAGUCCGCGUGCAAAUAUUGCCGAGCACGUAUAAAUUGUAGCGAGUGAAAAAUAAUAUGGAACGAGCAUCAGUUAUGGAUGAGAUGAAAAGAGGGAUAAAAUGAAGACGCAACAAAGAAUAAAAAAUAAUGUGAAAUUCCAAUUGGAAUUACAGCAGCAGGGAUAGAGAAGAGAUAAAGAAAAAAUAAUUCAAGAAACACCAACUCAACUCAGAGAAAUUACAAAAAAUUUCUUCUUCUAUUGUGCUAAAAAGAAAAUUUCGACAUUAUUCAGGCUGCAGAUCGACGCUUUUCAUAACAUCACAAAUAAGAGGAAAAAGUCACGCUUUUUUUUAUCGCAAUAUAAACAUUUAAAAUCCCAACUAGUUCAACAAGAUGAAUUCUGUACAAAGUACGGGCCAUACAGGGUCUAUGAGUAAAAAAGAUCAAAUUGAGGAAUUGGUCGCCUCCAGUCCUAGUCAGAGAAACUGGCGUGGAAUAUUCAUUGCUCUAUUGGUUAUAGCAGCCGUUUUAGGAUUAAUAGUGUUUUCGAUAGUCCUACUAUCGCCAGAGGAUGAAGGUUCACGAAUAAAAGGUAGACGAAUCACAUUGGCAGACAUAAAUGGCAAUACUUUAAAAUGGAAACCAUUCAACGGAAGCUGGAUAAAUGAUCAUGAGCUCGUUUACAGAGACCCAACCGGAGGGCUUUCUAUAAUUAGCACAAACAAUUUGUCGACUAAAACAUUAAUGACCAAUGCUACAUUUAGGCAAUUAAAUGCUGAGAAAUUUUUAGUAUCGCCCGAUUUAAAUUUUAUAGUGCUGAUAGCCGAUAUCGAUCAAGAUGGUGCUAAACAUUAUAUUUACGAAGUUCAUACACGGAACAAUUUCCCAUUGACAUCGAAAGUGGGUGAGCGACAAGUGCCAAAGUUGCAGCAUGUCGUAUGGGCACCGAAAGUGGAGAGCAACACAAAUAAUCCAUCACAGGCAAUUGCUUUUGUCUACGAAAAUGAUUUAUAUUAUAAGCCGAAGGUGGAAAGCGAUCUAGUGUGUCGUAUCACCACCACAGGCAAAGCGGGUACCAUUUACAAUGGCAUACCAGAUUGGUUCUAUUCAAAUAUAGCCGAUUUAACAAGUGACACAGUUGCAUUCUCCACCGAUGGUGCAUAUCUGUCCUAUUUAUCAUUCAAUGAAACUAAAGUUCAUGAAUACAAGUAUGCAUAUUUACAAGAUGAUUCAAAAUAUCCGGAAAUCAAAUCGAUUCGCUAUCCCAAGGCACAAACGAAAAAUCCAAAUGUUACCGUUCACAUUGUCGACUUAACGGUUUUAAAAUUCAUAAAUCAGAUUACAAUCAUUUCACCGCUUGAAGGUGAUGAUAACUACGUCGGUCAAAUGGUUUGGAUAUCGGCAACAGAUGUUUCAAUCACAUUUACAAAUCGCAACCAAACGAGUUCAUCGACGGUUUUGUGUCGUGCACCGACAUUCCGAUGCCGGGAGGUGUAUAAUGAAUCGAUUGUCGAUAAUGGAUUUGUGCUUCCAAACGAUAAAACAAUCUUUUCGCGAACUGAGGCCUACUUCCGGCAUUCAAAUUUCGUUGAGAAUAAAACCAAAAAUACAUUUGAAUCGGAAUUGGAAGCGCAUGAAUUCAAGUAUUUAUCAGAAUUAGGACCCACCCAUGGCAUGCUCAAGAGAUUACCUGUACGUGAUGGUGAAAAUGGCUAUUUUAGGCAUUUGGUAUUCGUUUCGACUACCGAUAUGAGAACCAUUCCGCUGACAAUGGGCCGGUUUGAGGUGACCGAAAUCGUCGGUUGGGAUGAGAAAAAUGAAAUUGCCUACUUUAUGGCAACUCAACCAUCAAAACCUGGACAACGUCACCUGUACAACAUCAGUUUAAAAUUGAAUGUGACACAAAAUAUGAAUCGAAUUUAUCUAACUUCUUCACAAUCUACGUGCUUAACAUGUAGAACAAAUAAUUUAAAACUGCAACCAAUUAAAAAUGUUUUAUCUGCAAGUGAACCCACACAACCACCGUUUCCAAAUGAUCUACUAUCGAAUGACAAUGGCGAAAAAAAUCUAACAUUCCUGCUCGAUAUGCUACCUGACAUCUUGGAAAAUGACGAUGAUGACGCAAAUCGCAUUCCAAACAAUUGUCUCUACAACAAGGUCUAUUUCAGCAGAAACUUUAGCUACUACGUUCAAGAAUGCUUAGGACCCGAAACACCAUCGACUUAUCUCGUUGAAACCGCAACAAAUACAAAGAUUGCUUUGCUAAACGGCGGGGAUGUUCUACGUAAACGAGUCGCACAGUUGGCGACACCACAGCUUCGAACAUUCAGCGUGGAAAUUCGACACGGUUUUAUGGCCCAAGUGCGACUAUUUUUACCACCAGGAAUGAAAGAGGAUGAAGAAAUCGCCUUUCCACUCAUACUUCAUAUUGACUCUUCUCCCGCUUCACAACUUGUAUCCGAAAAGUUCGAUGUUGAUUGGAAUUGGUAUGUGAGCAGUCAAAAAGGAAUGAUUGUGGCACAGAUCGAUGCUCGCGGCACUGGCUACCAAGGCGAACUAUUGAGAUCAGCCAUUAAGAAUAAACUUGGCUCGGUGGAAAUCGAAGAUCAAUUGGGUGUUCUCAAGUAUUUGCGUGACAAUUUGAAAUUCAUUGAUCCAACAAGAAUUUGUGCAUAUGGCUGGGGAUAUGGUGGCUAUGCAUCAACUAUGAUUUUAGCCGAAGAUUCGCAACGCAUUCUUCAAUGUGCAUUCGCUGUUAAUCCCAUUGUUUCCUUUGCUUAUCACAAUUCUUACUUUACGGAUCGCUAUAUGCCAGCUGGAAGCGAUUUUCAACGGGCGGUUCAAGAGUCAGAUUUAGCCAUGCGAGCAGGAAACAUUGAUUCGCGCAACUUUUUAUUGAUUCACGGUACGGCUGAUACAUUGAUACAUCAACAGCAUUCGUUGGUACUUACUAAGGCACUAACUGAUCAAGCAAUCGGUUUUAGACAUCAGAUUUACACCAAUGAAGAUCACUACAUGAAAGGAGCUGAGUGGCAUUUAUACAAAACGAUCGAUUGGUUCUUGGACGAGAGCUUCGGGCCAUCGGAAUCGAAUGAAUGGGAACCGACUGGCUUCUUUGCAUUCAAACAGUAGGAAUAGCUGGAUACUCCAUGCAAAUGCGUGGAUAUUGCUUUAUUAACCCAUUAACGCCCAACGUCCUAUUUUUAGGACGCAAAAAUUGACGAUUUUUUAAUGACUUAUUUUACAUUUUCCUUUAUUCUGAUCAAACGGCUUGGAAUUUUUUCAUGCCCUUUUGCAUGUGUGUUAGGAAAGGUUUGAAGAAUAUUUUCACCGAUUUUCAAGAUUUUCCAACCAGCAGUUUUCCGGAAAAUUAUGAAAAUUUAAAACGUGUCGGAAAAUUCUGAAACUUUGGGAAAAUCAUAUUUGGGCUCUCAGAAUUAUCCUGUCCAAAUUUAAUCAAAAAAUCCGACUUUUUUUUUUUGCUUGGGCGUUAAUGGGUUAAAUGGCGUGCUUUUUAAACUCGUACCAAUGUCAAAGAAAAAUGGUGUUGCCAAACUAGAACAAAGAGAGAGAGAGCGAAUACAAUUUCCAUGAAACACGAAUGUAGAUGAUGUUGCAGUCAAAUAAGCAAAAGAAAGACAUUUUAUUAUAGUGAUUUGUUUUAGAUUGAUAUAAGCAAAUAAACAUUGAAAAUAUCAAGAGAUUCCACUCGUCAUCAGAUCACCAUUUGAAUGUUAUUCUCGACAAAAUGAUAAUCGUACCAAAACUAGUUAACACCAUACAAGUAUUUUUAUUGACACAUUAGACAAAUGCGGAUGAAUUUACAACAAACCAAACACAAUUUUGUUACGUUAAACGAAAGAGGAAAACGAAUAAAUGAAAAUUUAAAAAAAAAUGUUCAAAAUUUACGGGUUACGCAUAAAGAAAGCACGUCGAUUCAAGACGUUACAUCGUAGAAGAAAACUUGAAAACACCAGGCACACUUUAUGUAUGCAUGCCUAUAAGCAUAGAUAUUUUUGUCGUUGUUAUUCAUCCAUUGAUUUUAUCAUUUUAUAUAGGUUUUCGUUCUUUUUUUUAUCCCAAGUAAAGAUUCGUUCAACAUUUCGAGAGUAAUUAAUUGUUGAUUUUCAUAUUGAGUCUAAUGAAGAUGAAGAAAUAUGUUCACAUCGUCAAACAGAUAUAUCUAAAAAAAAAGUACUUAUGAAUAGUAAAUGAUUGUUCAAUUUGUGUGGUACGGCCUCUUGAAACCGUUCCUGAGCCUCCAGUUCCGGCUCACUGGAAUUGGAAGUGGUGAAGUUUCACCAAAACAACAUACAUAGUCGAGACCGUAUCACAAAAAAAAAUGAAAUACCUAUUGUGGUUAAAAGAAUUUCAUGUCUUCUUUGUAAAUACGAACCAGAAAAAACCAAAUUCAAACUUGUCUAUGAUGUAAGUUAUUAAUGUUUUACUUAUACCAAUGCCAAUAAGAUCAAAAUUCAAAUAAACCCAUAAACAAUGAUUAAA